CCCAGAUACUGAGCUAACUCUGGAAAUGCAUGCAUCUACCUCAUCAUCUAGGUGUACAUCCCUAGAAAGUAUACUGUCAAGAGGCAAUGGGGAUUUGCCGGAGUGUUUUGAGCAAAGGAGAUCUUGAAGGCAGCUGCGUGGAGGAUGGAUUGCAGAGGGGAGCAGUCUGCAGUAGGAAGAUCAAUUAGGUGGCUGCUGUUGUCCAGCCUGCUCCGCCUCCCCUGCUUUCCCCGUGAACGAGGCUGCCCAAGAACCAGAACCUUCCAGUCUUCCUAGAGAGGAGCAGAGAGACCUGGAGAACUAGACAGAAGAUCGUGGAGCGAGUUCUCCCUGUGUCUCAUAGACAUCUUAAACUCUGCACAUCCGAAACGGAACUCAUCUUUCUCCCUAAUCCCUAGCCCGCCCUCCUCCCCCGAAAAAAAAAUCUCUAUUCCUGUAAUGGUGUUUCCUGAUGUAUUGGUAGAUAAUUCACUGCUCUGAUCUUGAGGAGAAACUGAAUCUUUAGGUUUAGGAACUUUAGUAGAUCCUAACUAGAGGGAGUCUGUCAACUCAGUGGAGAUGUUGACCGAAAAAAAGGACAAGUGGACUGAAACAAGUUUGGAUUCAGAAGGGCUUUUGAUAGUGAAGAAGGAAGAAGAUGAUGAGGAACCAAAAUCUCAUCUGCUGAAGAACACCAGCCCUAAACAGGAACUCUCCCGCCGGCUCUUUCGGCAGUUGCGCUAUGCAGAGACUUCUGGGCCCCAUGAGGCCCUGCUCAGACUCCGGGAACUCUGCCAAAGUUGGCUGAAGCCAGACACGUGCACAAAGGAAGAGAUCCUGGAGCAUCUGAUAAUGGAGCAGUUCCUGACCAUGCUGCCUGGAGAGACCCGGACCUGGGUCCAGUUACAUCAUCCAGAAAGUGGAGAAGAGGUUGCAGCUCUUGUGCAGGAUAUAGAGAGUCACCUUGAUGGACCAGAAAAAAAGGUGACAAUGGUCUCAGGCCAUGCCCAAGGACGGGAUGUGCCAUGGAUGGGGACGGCGUCUCUGGCAGCUCUUUCUGUUCCACCUCUCUGUGGCAGCCCUUCCCCUGGGAUCCUCUUGGACUCUGCUGAUGAUGCAAAGAUGUUCCACGUCAAGGAUGCUCUGAAUGUUUUUCAUGCUCCUCAGGUUCCUGCCCAUACAAGAGAUCAGGCCGUCGUGGCUCCAUCACUGAAAACCAGGCCUCAGGAGACAGUGAUGUUUGAAGAUGUGGCUGUAUACUUCCGGAAGGAAGAAUGGGCAGAUCUGAACCCUGCGCAGAGGGUCCUGUACAGGGACGUGAUGCUGGAGAAUUAUAGGAACAUAGCGUCUUUGGCAUAUCUAUUUCCUAAACCUCUUGUGAUUUCUAAGCUGGAGCAAGUAUCUGGGAAUCUACAGGAAGCUCAGGACAUAGGUCAAUGGUUUGUUUGUGCAGGUGGUGAAGUCAAAUUUGAGAAAGAGAAGGUGACUACCAUAAAGCAAGAAAUUUCUGAAGAAUCACCAGCAGCAUCAUUGGGAAAUGACCAGAGCAAUGUUUCUGAUCAACCUGAGGUUAGAGCAUCUUAUAAACAGAAGGCUGGGUGGGAGAGGCAGUUGGGAAACCCCACACUGGCAAGAGUGAAGGUAGAGGAAGGAGAUUCUGAGUACAUGGUAGUCAAGGAAACAAAAACUACUACAGAAGAGAGAGAUGAGAAUUUGGGGGAACAUGUUAGCUCAAACCUUAGUAUUUAUCAAAGCAUUCCUAAACAAGAGGAAGUCUAUCAAUAUGAUGAACAGUUCAAACAGAAUGAAGAGAGAGUUGAUAAAUGUGAUAAGGUUGGGAAAGCUUCUAGUCUCAUGCUAGGACUUAGUCAAAAUCAGAUAACUGAACAAAAAUUUUUAUCAGAGAAUGAACAAACCCAUUGUGGUGGGGAUGGCCUUGGUGGAAUUUUCCACCCCCUUAUCCAUCAGAUGAUACACCCUGAUAAAAAUGUGUAUGCACGUAGUGGGUAUGGGGAAAUGGUAGGUCACAUGUCAGUCUUUAGUCCACACAUAAAUAUCCGAGCUAGGCCAAAUCACCAUGAAUGUAACCAGUGUGGUAAAACUUUUACAAGAAAAGGAAACCUUGUUGAUCAUCAGAGAAUUCAUACUGGCGAGAGACCCUAUAGAUGUAAUGAGUGUGAGAAAACAUUUUCAAGAAGCAGAUCCCUCCUUCAACACCAGAGAGUUCACACAAAGGAAAAACUGUUUGAAUGUAAAGAGUGUGGCAAAUCAUUCAGAAUGAACAGAAGCCUCACUUCUCACCAGAGAAUUCACACUGGGGAAAAGGUACAUGAAUGUAAAGAUUGUGGGGAAACUUUUACAAGAAAUAGAACCCUUGUAGUUCACCAGAAAAGUCACUCUGGAGAGAAGGAAAAACAUGAGUGUAAAGUGUGUGGGAAAACUUUUACACGAAAUAGAAACCUCAUUGAACAUGAGAGAAUUCACACUGGUGAGAAACCCUACAAAUGUGAUCAAUGUGGGAAAGCUUUUGUUCGUAAGUCUUACGUUUUAGUACAUCAGAGAACUCAUAGCAGGAUAAAACCAUACACAUGUCAGGUGUGUGGGGAAGCUUUUGUGUGGAAUUCAAGCUUUUCUCGACAUCGGUUAACCCAUACUGAGAAGGAAUAUGAUAAAAUUAAGCAGUAAGGAACUUUUUAUCGUAGAUCUAGCAUUCAACUUCAGGGAAUUGAUAGUGAUAAGUUUUAUGGGUGUGGGAUAGUUUUUACUGCAAGAAAACUGAUUGAUCACCAGUCACAUUACAAAUGCUGUGAAUGAAAAUAGUGUGGGAAUUUUUUUUUUUGCAAGGAACAUAACCCUUGUUGAUCAUCAUGUAAUUCACAAGGAAGAAAAGUAAGGAGUUGGAAGAGGGUGGGGAAAAUUUUAAAAGAAUAAAACACUUGUUGAGCAACAGGGGAGAAAUAAAUGUUAGUUUAGGAAAGCCUUCAUUUGUAAGAUAUACUUUCUAUUCUAUAUAAGUCAUAACAGAAACCAUGUAAAUGUGAUUUGUGGCAUAGCUUUUAGGAGGGUCUCAGACUUUCCUUGAUAGAGAACUCAUACUAGGGAGAAAUAUUAUAAAUGCAGUGAUUAUGAAAGAACUUAUAAAUUAUAGCUUUGCCAUUCAACAAUAGAGUCCUCACUGAUGUUAAGCUAUAUGAUUCAUGAGUAUGGUAUAGCUUUCAUAGGUAAGAGAGCCCUCACUUGUCACCAAGGAAUUCACAUUGAUGAGAUACUCUAAGUAACAUUAUAAAUAAUAUUAAACCAAUUCAAAAGAAACCCCUCCCACAAAUGUUUCACCCAAUAUUGUAUCAAAAAGUAAAGGAACACUCUAAAUACAAGAAUUGGUGAUUGAAUAAAGUCCACAAGCUAUUAUGAUAGAUUUCUCCAGCACUGUGGGAAAGCCUUCAGUUGUAUGCCAGUAUCUUGUAUAUAUUUUGUGAGCAAAAUGAGUGUGGGAAAUCCUUUUGUCAUAUAGAACACUAAAAGCUUAACAAAAAUUACAUCAUGGAGAAUUACUAUGAAUGUCACUGUAUAAGUCUUCUGUUGCAAGUUGUUCCAUUUCAUACAUAAGAGAUUGCAAGUCAAAGGGAAAUGUUACAUGUAUAAUUUGUGAAAGAAAGCUUUGGGGUGAGUUUGAAUGUCCCUAGGCAUUGGUUAAUUCUUAGACAGAUGAAAUGCUAUAAAUAUCAUGAUUUAUGUGAGCCUUCAGUUAAAAUGGAACCUCAAUUGAUCAUUGAAGAAAUGGUUCAAACAUCCUCUUCAUAGAAAAGAUUCCAUUAACUUUUCUUCAUAAAAA